AUGGCCAAGAAAAGGUAUAAAUGCUGGACAGAUUCUGUUUUCACAAGAAAGAUUUUAAUGGAGAAAGUUGUAGCAAGUCUAAUCAUCCUACAUUUGUCUGGGGCAACCAAAAAAGGAACAGAAAAGCAAACUACUUCCGAAGGACAGAAACCAGUGCAGUGUGGAACUUGGACAAAAUAUGCAGAAGGAGGCAUCUUCACUUCUCCCAAUUACCCCAACAAGUAUCCUCCUGACAGGGAAUGCGUCUACAUUAUAGAAGCUGCCCCUAGACAAUGCAUUGAACUACACUUUGAUGAAAAAUAUUCCAUAGAGCCUUCUUGGGAGUGUAAAUUUGACCAUAUUGAAGUACGAGAUGGACCUUUUGGCUUUUCCCCAAUCAUUGGACGUUUCUGUGGACAGCAAAAUCCACCCAUGAUAAAAUCCAGUGGCAGAUUCCUAUGGAUUAAAUUUUUUGCUGAUGGUGAGCUGGAAUCUAUCGGGUUUUCUGCUCGGUAUAAUUUUACACCUGAUCCAGAUUUUAAGGACCUUGGUGUUUUGAAACCAUUGCCAGUUUGUGAGUUUGAGAUGGGAGGACCUGAAGGAAUUGUGGAAUCUGUACAAAUUGUCAAAGAAGGAAAAGCUUCUGAAACUGAAGCAGUGGACUGUAAAUGGUACAUCCGAGCACCACCCCGAUCCAAGAUCUAUUUGCGAUUCUUGGACUAUGAGAUGCAGAAUUCCAAUGAAUGCAAAAGGAAUUUUGUAGCUGUCUAUGAUGGAAGCAGCUCCGUGGAGGAUUUGAAAGCGAAAUUUUGCAGCACUGUUGCUAAUGAUGUAAUGCUGCGGACAGGUCUCGGUGUAAUCCGCAUGUGGGCAGAUGAAGGCAGUCGAAGCAGCCGAUUCCAGAUGCUCUUCACAUCUUUCCAAGAACCCCCUUGUGAAGCCAACACAUUCUUUUGCCACAGUAAUAUGUGUAUUAAUAAUACAUUGGUCUGCAAUGGACUCCAGAAUUGUGUGUAUCCUUGGGAUGAAAACCACUGCAAAGAAAAAAGAAAAGCUAACCUAUUGGACCAACUUACCAAUACCAGUGGGACUAUAAUUGGGGUGACUUCUUGCAUUGUGAUCAUCCUCAUUGUUAUCUCUGUUAUAGUACAGAUCAAGCAGCCUCGUAAAAAAUUUGUCCAAAGGAAAACAGACUUUGAUCAAACAGUGUUCCAGGAGGUGUUUGAGCCUCCUCAUUAUGAGUUAUGCACCCUCAGAGGGACAGGGCCUACAGCUGACCUUGCUGAUGUUGCAGAUGACUUUGAAAAUUAUCAUAAACUGCGGAGAUCAUCUUCAAAAUGCAUUCAUGACCAUCACUGUGGAUCACAAGUGUCUAGCAUUAAGGGCAGCCGUAGUAACCUCAGCACAAGAGAUGCUUCUGUCUUGACAGAAAUACAACCCCAGCCUGUAAAACCACUCAUUCAGCCCAUGAACAGGAGAAAUAUCCUUGUCAUGAAGCAUAGCUACUCACAAGAUGCUGCAGAUGCGUGUGAGAUAGACGAAAUUGAAGAGGUACCAACCACAAGUCACAGGCUGUCCAGACAUGAUAAAGCUGUUCAGCGGUUCUGCCUCAUUGGGUCUCUAAGCAAACAUGAGUCUGAGUACAACACAACUAGGGUCUAA